AUGCCUACUACUAUCGAUAACCAUUUAAUUCCUGCCUCACUCAAGUUGAAAACAGGUCAAAUUUUUCAUGGGACUUCCUUUGGUGCGCCUAUCUCAACUUUUGGUGAAGCUGUUUUCACAACAUCCGUUGUUGGCUAUCCGGAGUCUAUGACAGAUCCCUCUUAUACUGGUCAAAUUCUGGUGUUUACUCAACCUCUCAUUGGUAAUUAUGGUGUACCAGGCCAAGAGACGGACGAGUUUGGCCUUUACAAGUAUUUUGAGUCAGGUACCAUUCAAGUCCAGGGUAUCGUUGUGAACGAUUAUGCUACCGAAUAUUCUCACUGGACUGCUGUAGAAUCUCUUGGUCAAUGGUGUACUCGCCACAAUAUCCCAGCCAUUUCUGGUGUAGAUACUCGUGCUUUAACUCAACUUUUGCGUGAUCAAGGCUCUACCUUGGCACAGUUAUGUGUCGGUGAGAAAGCUUAUCUAAAUGAUAUAAACUCUUUGUCGUUCCCGAAUCCCAAUGAAGAGAACCUCGUUGCUAAAGUGUCUACCAAAGUACCUAUUACUUACAACAGUAAAGGUGAUGUCAAGAUUGCUGUGAUUGAUUGCGGCGUUAAACACAAUAUUUUGCGUUGUUUAGCUAAACGAGGGGCAGCCAUCACUGUAUUACCUCAUAAUUAUGACUUCAUUUCGGUUGCUGACAAAUUUGAUGGCAUUUUCAUUUCAAAUGGCCCCGGUUCACCCACUACUUGUGUCGAAACAAUCAAGCAUCUUAAGACUGCUAUAGAAACUGUUAAGAAGCCUAUAUUCGGUAUCUGUAUGGGUAACCUUUUGUUGGGUAUUGCCGCUGGACUCCAAGUGUACAAGUUGCCUUUUGGUAACCGUGGACACAAUCAACCUGCUCUUCAUGUUGAUACUGCAAAAUGCUAUAUCACUUCACAAAAUCAUGGUUAUGCUCUCAAUGAUCAGUCUAUGCCUCAAGGAUGGAAGCGUAUGUUUGUCAAUGCUAAUGAUAGCUCUAAUGAAGGUAUUCAGCACGAAACUAAACCCAUCUUCUCUGUUCAAUUCCAUCCCGAGGCUAAAGGUGGCCCUCAAGAUACUGUGUAUCUGUUUGACGAGUUCUUGAGAGAGGUGCGCUCACAUAAAAGUGACGAAGAGCCUGUCUGCGUUCAUAUUGAAGAUGUUCACAAAGCUACUAUCAAGACCUCAGCUUAA